AUGAGUAAGUGCUGCUGCCAUUUUCCGAGCGAGCCACUGUUGAGGUAUGCUCAGCUGCAAACUGCAGCCCUGUACCAGUACGCGGCGCUGGCUAGCCUGACGCAACAGUCUGCCGGACUAGCGGAUUUCACAGACCUCACCGGCGCGUCCCAGCAAGCAGCCACGUCUAAAGGCCCAUCUUGGAUAAAGCCCGGGGACUGGAACUGCAAAAGCUGUGGAGAUCUACAGUUCGCGCGAAACAGCAAAUGCCGGCGCUGUGGGGCCGACAAGCCCUCCGAAGCCGAGAUCGCCGCCCAGGCUACAGCUGCGGCGGCUGCCGCCACUUUGGGACUCAGCAAAAACGGCCUUCAGAUGCGGCCUGGCGACUGGAUCUGCCCCAGUUGUGGCGAUCAUGUCUUCGCCAAGAACGCCAACUGCCGAAAGUGUGGAACAGCGCGUCCCAAUGACGUUCUGACAACAGUGGGUGCCGGUCGCAAUGGAACAGGAUCCGUUGCCCGCGAAGGAGACUGGAACUGCAAGAUGUGUGGAGAUCUUCAGUUUGCACGCAAUACUACAUGCAGGCGAUGCGGUGCAGAAAAGCCUGAAGAUGCAGGCUUAACGCCGGCCGUGGCCACGGCGCCUGCGGCCCCCUAUGCUGCCCGGGCGCCCGGUGCAGAUCUGCGCCCUGGAGACUGGAGAUGCCCUCGAUGCAAUGACCACGUCUUUGCCAGAAAUGAGAACUGCAGGAGAUGUGGACAAGCUCGCCCGACCGGCCAUGACAUGGCAGCCAUGGCAGCUGCCGGCACACUGCCUCCGAACAUUGCUGCGGGCCGGUGGAGAAAAGAUCGCUCGCCCAAAGAGGCAACGGCACCACGGCCCAAAGUGGCCCCGAUGGCUCAUCCGGAAGCCGAGGGCGAGGACGAGGACGAGGAUGGAGAGGAAGAGGAAGAGGACGAAGGCAAUGACUUCUUUUUUGCCGGGGAGUCCUUGGGCGAGGCAGAUGAUGAGGACCACCAAGUGUGGCUUGCAGGCUCCGCUUGCCACGUUGCGGAGCACUGCCACAUGGAUAAGGGGCUGGACGGGCAGGGCGAGGAAGCUUGGCGAGUGACGAUCCUGAUGGAUGCGAAGCCGCCAAUCGCCGGUCCGCUUCUCAAACGGUGCAUCGCCUUGAAGACACGCGCUGCGUGGGAAUUCAUUGCAGCCCUGCCCGGCAUCGUGGAGCCUUGGACGAUUCGUGACAAGCCCAAGCGCCAACAGUUUGCAAACUUUGAUGACUUCGAACACGCAAUCGAGGAGGCAGGUGAUGAGGCCGAGGAUGCCAAGGGUGAGGAAGGUGACGACACAAACCGGACGAAGGAAGGCAGAGAGUCCCCAACCUCAAGGCGAGGUUCGGCGACCCAGGCACUUGAAGCUGGCGAGGGCGACGGCCUCCCAGGCCGGCGACGUGGAGCUGUGCUUACACUGGCCGGCCCCAGCACUGAGUCUCCUGAGGAUGCCAUCCGCCGCGACGAGGAAGCCUACUUCCCGGAGAAGAAUCGGCUGCAAAGCUCGUUGACUGCAGCAGUCGUCAGGGACAUCGCGAUGCACAUUUGUGACGCGGCUGUGGCCGUGAACCCACCAUGGAACGUGCGUGUGGCAAGCGUGGAAGCCUUGCUGGCCUGGGACCUGACGUCAACCAUCUACGGUGCUUGCCGGGUACCAUUGACGCUUGUGACACAGCGCGGAGGCAGGCAAUAUGCCUUUGUCUUCGUCCUGGUGAUGCACCAAGAAUCGGUGGCUUUGAUCGGGCGGCGGAAGCUGUCCGAUGCGGUCGAGCAUGUAGCCGCAGCACUCACCUCGCGGCAUCACGAGCUCAAGACCUUGUCCCACAGUCCAUCUUGA